CAUACGUGAAGCUCCAGCAUGACCACUCUCACCAACAAAACUUAGACUUGUCAACUAUCAACACGACGCACAUUCAACCAGCCCAAGAUCAUCAUUACUCCCUGACUACGGGAUCCAUACGCCCUUGCUGCCGCUUCUUCCUCUUCUGAACCUCCCCCACCGCCGCAAUGUCGAGAGCCCCCUUCAGUGGGUUUGGCAUGCCCGGAUCGAACCGAGGACAGCCACCCCCCGGAGGCCAACAACAACCUCCCCAGAGGGCACCAUACGGUGGCGGCGAUCCUUACCAGCAGCAACAGCAAGGCUACGGCGCCCGCUACAACGACCCCCGAGCACAGCAAGGCAGGCCUCAGGGCGGGCAAGGUGGACAGUACGGCGGCGGCGGCGGCUACGCUGAGCAGCCUCGCUCGCCUGGCAUGACGAGACACAGCGAGAAGCCUUCUGGGGGGCCUGAUCAUGGCAGGCAGGUCGAGCUGACACCUGGACACGUCGAGGAUGUUAGCGACAGAAACGAUCUCAGGUAUACCAAUGUAUACGCCGUUUCCCCCGAAGACUUCCCUCCAAACCGCGACGGUUCCGAUCUAUACCUCAUGAUUCGAACCAGCAAUCCCCCUGCUGAAUAUGUCGUCACCGCUCGCCCCAUCCCCAACUUCAUGAAGUCCUGCCAGGGCCGCAUCGCGAUGUCUUUACAGCAUCGAUUGUGGAUGCGCGUUGCCGGCACAGACAAAGUCAUGGCCCAGGUCUACGACCCCUUCGCGAGUGGAAGCAAGCCCUACCUGGGUACCCUCGACGUCGAGAUUGGCUUCGCCUCAGCCAACCCAAAGCCCCAUGCCCCCUUCGACGAAGACGAACUGUCCAAGCAGUUCAUCAACACAUAUCAGAACCAGGUCCUGUCUCCCAGCCAGCAGAUGUUUAUGGAUGUUGCGGGUACCAUUCUUCUCAUUAUUGUCAAGAAAGUUAGUCUCGUAGACCUGGCCAUGUCAUCAGACGACUCUGCCAAGCAGUUCUACACAGAACCCAACGCCCGUGGAAUCCUCACGAACCAAACCAAGGUCUCCUUCCACCGCGAUGGGAAGGGCAACUUCGAACUCAAGCCUUCCAUGUCGAAGCCCAACUCUAACGCCAUUCUAGCCCCCGACUUCAAGUUUGAGGACAUGGGCAUUGGUGGUUUGGGUGACGAGUUCGCCACCAUCUUCCGUCGAGCAUUUGCAUCUCGAGUGUUCCCCCCUGGUCUGGUUGCCAAGAUUGGUAUUCCUCACGUCAAGGGAAUGUUGCUCUAUGGUCCCCCGGGAACCGGAAAGACGCUCAUUGCCCGUCAGAUAGGCAAGAUGUUGAACGCACGUCCGCCCAAGGUCAUCAAUGGUCCCGAAGUGCUCAACAAGUACGUUGGUCAGUCAGAAGAGAACAUCCGAAAGCUUUUCGCGGAUGCCGAAAAGGAGUACAAGGAGAAGGGAGAUGAGAGCAGCCUUCACAUCAUCAUCUUCGAUGAGCUGGACGCUGUGUGCAAACAGCGAGGCUCAGGGGCAGGUGGCGGCACUGGCGUUGGCGACAGCGUGGUAAACCAGUUGCUUUCCAAGCUUGAUGGUGUGGACCAGCUCAACAACAUCCUUUUGAUCGGAAUGACCAACCGAAAGGACAUGAUUGAUGAUGCGUUGCUGCGACCUGGUCGUCUCGAGGUUCACCUUGAGAUUUCGCUACCUGACGAGCAGGGCCGUCUAGAGAUUCUCAAAAUUCACACCGCCAAGAUGCGUGAAAACAAGCUUCUAGAUCAGGAUGUUGACCCGGCGGAGCUUGCUGGGCUCACCAAGAACUUCUCAGGAGCUGAACUCAACGGCCUGGUCAAGGCCGCGGCGUCAUUUGCCUUUUCCCGCCACACCGAGGUCGGUCAGUUGGCUGCUGUCAAGCAGGAUGUGGUCAACAUGAGGAUUAACCGCGGCGAUUUUAUGAACGCCUUGACCGAGGUCCGCCCUGCCUAUGGUGUCUCAGAGGCAGAGCUUGAGGAUGCCGUCCGUUUGGGCAUCACCCGCUACGGCCAACAUAUCGACCCGACUAUUCAGGAAAUGAUGCGCGUCGUAGGCAUGAUCAAGGAUGACCCGAACAAGUUCAACACGUCAGUGCUUUUCCACGGACCCAGGGGUUCGGGCAAGACAGCACUGGCAGCUCAUAUUGCCAUGCAGUCUGGGUUCCCGUUCGUCAAGAUGGUUACUCCCGCGGACCUUGUGGGAUAUCGCGACGAAUUUGCCAGGAAGGACUUCGUACACAAGGCAUUUGCGGACGCCUACAAGUCUCCCACUAGCAUUCUGAUUCUUGACGACUUUGAGCGCUUGAUUGGGUGGAACCCAAUCGGACCGCGCUUCUCGAACACCAUGCUCGAGGCCCUGACGACUCUGCUAGUGUCGAAGCCCCCCAAGGGCCACCGUCUUUUGAUCUUUGUCACCACUUCCAAACUCUCUGUACUGAAGAUGCUCGAGAUUGACAUGGAUUUCGCGAAGAAGGUGGCAGUCCCCGCCGUGUCCAACGUGCGGGAGCUGGCGAUAGUACUACAGGAUUCCAAGGUGUUCAACACAGCCGACGUGGGUCAGGCGAUCAGCAUUAUCCAAAAUCGCACAGGCUCGGAUUCAGUAGGUGUUGGCAUCAAAACUAUUCAAGACUGCAUCUUUGAGGCACGGGCUGGAGGUAAUGAGGAUGUACUGGAGACGUUUACAGAUCUACUCAUAGAGAAGAUUCAGGAGAUGAGAGGUUAGGGUGAUUAGACAUGGAUGGCAGCUAAGAGGUGGGGGACGGGUGAAAAGACGUUUAUCGGUCUGGUUCAGCGCCGGAGGAUAUCAGACGCGUCAUCUUUAUAGAAGAUGGACAAUCAACGAAGAAGUAUGCAUCACGUUGGCAUUGCGGGACGCCAUUCAUUUGUGAUGCCCUUGAAUUUUAUGAUAUUUACGUUGUUACGACACUUGGCAUGACGACGCACUGUGAUGGUUUAGGUUGGUGUACCACAUAUAGGUAUAGACAGAAUAUCGAAAAACUUAUCGAGUUUGCCGCAUGCCAGAUCGGGGAAGGGGCCGGUUUAACAUCCAUUUAAGGCUACCGGCGAGA